UGGGGGAGCUGCGCGACGGCCCUUCUCCGGGGAGCAGGCGAGCGGCCCUUUCCCCGCCUUCUUUUCCUUCCCCUCCCAUUGAGUGAUUCAAGCCGUGCGCUUCCCACUUCCGCCCCCUCUGCGAGCCAUUGGAACUAGCGAAGCCAAACUAGUUGCGGCCGCCGAGCAGCUGGCGCUCUCCGCCUCCUCCUCAUCCUCUCCUCCUCCUCUUUGCUCUCCAGGCCUGGCCGCCGCCGUACCGAGGCCCCGCGACCGCCGAGCCCGCAGCCCAAGCCGCGGCCGACAUGAGCUUCUUGUUUGGGAGUCGCUCGUCUAAAACAUUUAAACCAAAGAAGAACAUUCCAGAGGGUUCUCACCAGUAUGAGCUCUUAAAGCAUGCGGAGGCCACUCUGGGCAGUGGCAACCUGCGGAUGGCUGUCAUGCUCCCUGAGGGGGAGGAUCUAAAUGAGUGGGUUGCCGUGAACACUGUAGAUUUCUUCAAUCAGAUCAACAUGCUUUAUGGAACAAUCACAGAUUUUUGUACGGAAGAAAGUUGUCCGGUGAUGUCAGCUGGCCCAAAAUAUGAGUAUCAUUGGGCAGAUGGAACAAAUAUAAAGAAGCCUAUUAAGUGCUCUGCACCAAAGUAUAUUGAUUACCUGAUGACUUGGGUUCAGGACCAGUUGGAUGAUGAGACAUUAUUUCCAUCAAAAAUUGGUGUCCCAUUUCCGAAGAAUUUCAUGUCUGUGGCAAAAACUAUACUCAAACGCCUCUUUAGGGUUUAUGCUCACAUUUAUCAUCAGCAUUUCGACCCUGUGAUCCAGCUUCAAGAAGAAGCACAUCUCAAUACAUCUUUCAAGCACUUUAUUUUUUUUGUCCAGGAAUUCAACCUUAUUGACAGAAGAGAACUUGCACCACUCCAGGAACUGAUUGAAAAACUCACCUCAAAGGACAGAUAAAAGGAUGGGGACCUAUGCAAAUUAUUCCUCAAAUGAAACUGUGUGGAGAGUAUUUGGAUUUUGUUGUAUUUUAUUUUUAUCUUGGUUGUUUUUAAUCUUAGGCUUGGAGGGCUUGUUUGGGUUCCUUUUUCUUUAAUCUGAAUAAAUGAAACCAUAUACUAUUGCUGGAGGAAGCCAAGAACCACUGUCUAUACAUUUGAUAGGGGUAAAUUUUGUCUUAGUGGCAUAUAGUAUUUUUUUUAACUUGGAGAAUUUUUAAUAAUGUUAUAUGUUGAAAGAAAAUGCUUACUGAUUGGACUGCUCAUGGAUGGGGGUUCUCCUUGUGUAAAUUGUGGCUGAUUUUUGAAGUCCCCAAAAGACGUUUUUAAGUGCCUUGGCAGGCUCACUUCUGAGGUGCAAAGCACAGACAUAGAAUUUAACAGGGCUUGAAACAAUAUUAGGAUGUCUACCCAGGGCACUUAACUGAUGCAUGUUUUAAAAUAUUGAUAAAAGCCAUAGUUUACCUAAAUUGAUGAUCUCCAACUUUUACUACAUUAGAGAAACACAAUUUGUAAAGGUGUGCGUGUAGGGCAUAAAAAAUUAGUAUUUCUUAAUUAUUUUUGAUAUUGAUAGUAAUUCUGUUCAACAGAUGCUUAAAGUUCUACAGGCAAGUCUUUUCCAUCUCUUGAUAUCUGUGAUAUUGAAACUUGAAGAUGUUGAAAUGUGAUAGCUGUUACAUUUUGGCUUCUUUCUACACUUUAACUGCACUGUAGGUGUAAAAAUUCAGGUUAUAUAUAGGUUUGCGAUCUCCAGAGGUGAUGCUGAACUGUGAGGUUUCUUAGCAAUUGCCAAAUGAGCCAUAAGUCUGCAGAAUCCCCUUCUGCUUUGAAGAGGACUGGAGUGUGUGGUUGUGAGGGACAAGGGUAGGGUUAGUUUGAUUGGGGCGUUAUAGAUGGGAUUAAGUAUAGGGUCAAGUUCAAGAAAGUCCUUUCUCAAAACCCUUGACUAGAAUGGCAUGAAGAGUUUAAUCAGUAUCUUGUAAACAAAGUCUUGGAGACUUCCUUUUAGGAAUCAACUUCCAUGUGAAGUUAAAAAUAAAUUACUGAUUUUAGAUAUAGGCAUACACAUGGAAUUUAAGGACUCUGUGGGAAAAUUGAUCACUUUAUAGCAUUUCCAUUCAGUGAAUGGAGCUGGUGUUUUAUCAUUUUAAAAUGAUACAGUACCUUCUUUGCUUGUUGUAGGCCCAAGCGUUCUGACUUCUGAUUUUUCCACUGUGAAAGGAAGUCUUUUCUUUGCAGUGAUAUCAGAUAAUGAAAGUGUUAAAUGAGUACUUGCUAACUUUUACCUUUUUUUUGCCAUGACUUUCUAGUGAACUAUUCCCAUAAAUAAAAAAUUCAGAAACUUAGUUUUUAAAGUAGAUAUUAACAUCUUUCACUUCAGUUUUAUUCUUGCAAAAUAUCCUCUUAGACUUGCAGUUUUAAUUUUGUCAUUUUUGGUAAAACUGUUUCCUUCAGUUUGAAAUAUAUACCUUUUCCCUUGUAGACUAGAAAUCUUGCUCUGAAAUUGUAUAGACUAAAAACACUUAAAAGAAAAGAAUGUAAAAUGAAAUCAGUUUGGUUUUGCCAUUAACAAAUCGAAUAGUGGUACAAUUUAAUGCCAUUACAAUUAUGAUCACUAGGAAAUUUUUAUCCCAUUUCAUUUCUAGCAGUCAUUCUCCACAUACCAACAUGGAAUUAACAGGAGAACCUGGCAGAGGCAAAUACAUUGGACAUUCAUUGGUAAUACCUAUUUGUAAACUGCAGUGAGAACUGUUGAUUUCCUUAAAACAAAUAUUUUAGUAUCCAAAUAUACAACAUCAGCCACUGUGGGUUGAUUCAGAAGUAAAAUUUGACAUCCAGUGAUUUGGGUCCUAUUCAUUUAGGAAAAUGAAGCACAUGAUAAUUCAAAUUGUCUUCCAUACUGCAUUUGACUUCAUAUCAACCUGAUAAUAAAGGGGUUGCAGUAGCCAAGUGUGGAGAGAAAAGUGAAACCUUUGUUUUGCUCAUUUAAGCCUUACACAGUACUGUACAAAUGUUAUUAUAAAUUAAUGUUUAGUAGCAGAACUGACUUUUCCACUCUAGGUAGAUAGGAGUUUCUUGUCACUGUGCCAGAAUCUCAGGUGCCUGCUUCUGAGUAUUCCUUGAAGAAGAGGUAUUGGGAAGUAAGGACAUAUGCAUGUGUAUAUGUGGUAACAAAGUAGAGACGUUCUCCCAGGGAGAGGCCUGGCAGUGUACAUGGUAACAUGGCUGCAGGUAGGGAAACCCAGAGCGUGUGCGAGAUAACUGAUCUGAAAAAGUCGCUUUCAUUCAGCUGGUUCCCAUGAGCAUUAGCAAGUUGCCCUUUAUAAAAUAAGGAUCACACUUGUUUUGCAGCAGAGUUAGCUUACAAAUGUCUAUCAGAUUCUUUCCAAGUCUCUUAAUUUAUAAAUAACCAGGAUAAUGAUUCCCCCCCCUCCUUGUCCCUCCCUUCUUACAGAGAUACAGAGCAGAAGUUGGUUUUCUCAUCUGCUGAUGAAAGCAUGAAAUAUAAAGUAGUAAGUUUACAUAGUGUUACUGUCACAAUGCUUUGGUUACAUGUUGAUAUAAAGCAAGUUUUAGGAAUUCUCUUAAAUGAUGGAAUAGUGGUGAUGGAAAGAAAUUAGUAACAGAAAGAGUGAAAAUCUUUUCAUUAGCUGUAGAUGGUGCUACUGGCUUUUAUUUGCUGGCUUGAUUAUUCUGUUUACCACAGAAACUAUGGCAUUAGGCUGCAGCAAAACAGUAAGUAUGUGUUAGCUGGUAGAGACUUUGGAGGUCAGUUUACCUUAAAUUCAAAGAUUUUAGAUAGCUGUUUCUUCCUACCUUUGCUUGUUAUUUGUAAAUGCUAAAUGGUCAACAUAAAACUAGGUGGGAGAAGAUAUGUUUAGAGUAUAAUAAAUAUGUCUCAGACUGAGUUACCGCCUGGCUUAUCAGGAAAGAAAGCACUACAAUCUCUUACAUUCAGGAAUUACAGAUAAUGCUCAUAUUUAUAUUUUACAUGUAAUCACCAUACUCCAUUUUAUGUAUUAGUAUUUUCCUUGCUUAGGGGAAAAUAGUACAGUAACAUUUCUUUUCUACCUUUGUCUUCACCCUCUCUGAGAGAGGUUUUGAUAACCACUGAAAUGGUAAGAUAUGGGAGAUACAAUUAUUAGUCUGUAGGACUUCCUUUUGAAAUAAAUAUGCCACACCUUAAACAGCGAAGUGAGAGUUGAUCUUCGGGUGGUUUCUUUGGGAGCACUACUUACUCCAGCUACACUGGAGAGGUGUAAUCACUUUCAGAGAUGCCUUGAGAGUUGGUAUGUGACGAUACAAGAAAAUCCAUUUCAUCAUUUUAGUUGCACCAAAAACUUUUCUGGAAGCUUAAUAUGACCUAUCUCAUUUACCAAAAUGGCUCUGCUUUGGCUCUUUUCUUGGAACUAAACUAUUAAGGAAGUGCAAAAGAAUAUGCCAUAGGAUCUGAAUUGCAGAAGAGAAUAUUUUGAGUAUUGAUUUGUAGCAUCAUUUAAUAAAAAACAUAACUUCCUCAUGUCACUACUUUGAGGUAGGCAGUAUCAUUUGGAUGUAUACGUUUAUUUUUUUUUAAUUUAGUUUAAUUAUCUUACAGUUAAAUAUAGUAACUUUAAAAGAAAAGAAUCCAAUAUUUAAGAUAGAAUUAACUUAAGAAAAUGACAACCUUUACCUCUAUCCUUUUUUUAAAAGACUUAUUUUCAUGCAAAUGAACAAUUUAAAUUUCAAGGCUGGAGAAAUUGGAACACAUUUUAUAUACUAAUUAUGCUGAAUUUAAGUCUGUGUAUCAUAGUAAAAUAUUUCAAACUGUAUAAUCAUUUCAUAUGUCAUUUAUAACUUUAACAUUUUACUGCCUUUUUAAAAGAUACAAUCAAGAAGUAUAUUUGAAAAUGUCACUGCAUACCAAGAGGAAAACUUAUUUUGAAACAUAUCUGGGAUAUUAAAAAAUACACCAAUUCCUAGAAACACUAUUUUAGAGCUAUACUUUAAGAACCACUCCUAAAAUGAUUUAAAUACCAGCAUUUUGUCAUAGUAUUCAGUUUCACAUAGGAAUUACUGUUGUUCAGCUAUCAGUGCGAUGGUGUAUGAGAAAACUGUUUAGAGGUAAAGUUAUUUCAUGAUUUAAUGGAAAAUGAUUUUAAUAGAUAAUAACAAUUCUGAUUGCAGACAAUUUGAAUUUUUGAGGUUCUCCUAAUGGGCUAAUCAUAGAGAAAAAAUCAUUUUGAAGCUAUAAAACUGUGUUUCUGUGUCUGCCAUUUAUAAGUGAACUACUAUUAAUACUUAAAUUUUGACAAAAGAGAAAAUACAGAUUAAAAUACUGAGUACUCUCAGUUUUGCAAGUGUGACACAUUUUCUUUUCUGCAUAUAAUACUACACAAUAGAAAAAUUUGGAUUAAAUACUCAAAGAGUGAAAUCACUGGUUUUUCCAAACUGUAUGUUUACUCGUCAUCUCCUUCUCUUUGGAGGUAAAUUAUUUCCUUAUGGCUGUUGACUUUCCAUAUCUUCCUCCCUCCCCAUCUUGCAACACACACUCACAUGGACAAAAAACAAAACAGAUUGAUUAUAUAGGUCCUCACUAUUGGUGAUUCUAAAGUGAUUGCUGUCAAUAGAUACUUUGCGGCUGACGUGUUGGAUAGUACAACUUAAAGAAGCAUUUUUAGUUUGUUUUGGUUGACAACUUUCUUUAAACUAUGUCACUGAAGCUGAUAUUAUUAGUAAUAUACAUUUAAAAUUUUAUUAAUAUUUAAUGUCUGUUAUAAAUUCUUUUAUGUGUGGUUGUUUCUUACAGGUUUGCACAUGUUUUAAUUUUUAUUUUGUUUACUUAAUUGCAUAAGGUGUAAAAUAGAUUCGCACAUUUUCAUUUUAAGAACACUUUUCUCCCUGAAUUGUUCUGCAGAGAUAACUAUUUUUAGGGGAAAUAGUUUUUUACAGCCACUAAAUUGUAUUUGUUAUUUUUGUACAUGCAUUGCUAGGGUGGUAAGGGCACUAAUCUUGUAGGGAAAAAGUUUUGUUUUAUUUGAAUGUUUCCUAUACAUUAUUACUUACAAUUAUCUAGGAACAGCAUCAUGAAAUACAAUAAAUAUAAGAACACUUAAAGUUUAAACAAAAUCAUUUCUAUCAAACAGGACAAAACCAGAAGAAUACUACCAGUGCCAUAAAUGGGAGCGUGUGGUAGCAUACACACUGUGCAAAAGAAGGAGUAAGGCAGGAUCCCGCGCUCAUGGAGAUGGAUAGUUUCUCUAUAUUAAAGUAGCUGAAGCGGGGCGGGGAGGCGGGGGGAAUCGUCUGAAACAUGAAAUGCAAUGUGGGCACUGUAUUGUAAACUGUGCCAAGAUUACUCAAAUUGUAGUUACUGUUGAUCAAACUUUAAACUUAUUUCAUCAUUUUUGUUUUAAGAGGGGAUACUGAGGGAAUUCUCUGGCAGUCAAGUGGUUAAGGCUUGGCGCUUUCACUGCCUAGGCCUGGGUUCGAUCCCUGGUUGGGGAACUAAGAUCCUGCAAGCCAUAUGAUAUGGCAAAAAAAAUAAGAGAGUACUGAAUGUCAGAAAAUCUGUAAUAUGUUUUGAGAGAUGUAAAUAAAGUAUACAGACUUGUAUGUGAUGGGAUUGGAACUAUUUAAUUUCUAGGUUUUGUUUUGUUUUAAAGAAGAAACUGAAUGUUUAUUUAAAAAAUAAAUAGUUAUGUUUGGCCAUGAA